CUCGGCGGUGCCAAGAUGGCGGCGGCGGCGGCGGGCCCGGGCGCGGCACGGCCGGCGGAGGCCGAGAUCGAGCAGGACCCCGCGGCCGCCCUGCAGCACGACUUGGUGCACAAGAGCCUGCUGGAAGAGAAGCUGACAGGAGCCAUAGAACAGCAGCCAGAUGAUGCAGAGUAUUACUGUCAAAGAGCUUAUGCUCAUAUUCUUCUACAAAAUUACCAUGAUGCCAUUGGAGAUGCGAAGAAGGCACUGGCCCUCGACCCCAACAAUGUUGCCGCCUUUCUUAGGCAAGGGAUAGGUGAAUAUCAUAUGAAGAACUAUACUGCUGCACUGAAGUCUUUCAAAGAGGGUAGCAGGCUGGAUAGUAGCAACACCGCUCUUCCUGUCUGGAUCAAGACAUGUGAAGAGAUCAUUAAUGCCGGAUCACAGACCGAAGUGUCACAGCCAUCUAAGAUCAAGUAUGAUUGGUACCAGACAGAAUCUCAUGUAAUUAUAACCAUUAUGAUCAAGAAUGCAAAGAAGGACGAAGUCCACGUGCAUUUCUCGGAAAAAGAGCUAAAUGCAUCAGUGAAUCUUUCCUCAGACGAAGACUACAACUUAAAGCUACAUCUUCUUCAUUCCAUAGUUCCUGAACAAAGUACAUUCAGAGUUCUUUCUACCAAGAUAGAGAUAAAAAUGAAGAAACCAGAAGCUGUACGAUGGGAGAAAUUGGAAGGACAUGAAAGUUCUCCUCAACGAAAACAAUUUGCCCCAGUUCCAGAUUCCACACUCCUCUAUCCAUCAUCUUCUCAUUAUACAAGGAACUGGGACAAGCUAGUGGUUGAGAUCAAAGAAGAGGAGAAGAAUGAAAAAUUGGAGGGUGAUGCAGCUUUAAACAAACUUUUCCAGCAGAUCUACUCGGAUGGGACAGAUGAAGUGAAGCGCGCCAUGAACAAAUCUUUUAUGGAAUCUGGUGGGACAGUUUUGAGCACGAACUGGUCCGAUGUGGGUAAAAGGAAAGUAGAAGUCAACCCUCCUGACGACAUGGAAUGGAAAAAAUUCUAAGUUGCUCUGGCGGUGGGGGGGACGGGACUGGGCAAGAUGUCCUCUGGGGCACUGGCACACUCCUGGACAUUGCCCUGUGCUCAUUCUUUCUGUGAUCUCCCCACCUGUUCCCGCUCUUCUCCUCCCCCUCUCCAGGUGUGCUUUUUCUGCUUGCUCUCCCAGCUCACCCACUCCCUUGGCUUUGCACAGUGCUUUCUUCCUCUCUGUCCACAGAGCAGCAGCUUUUUCCUCUCCCACCCUCUCCCCUGCAACUUUUAGAAGAGCUUAGGUGUCCUGCAGAACACAGUGAAAUCUGCACUCCAGCAGUCCGCAAGGCCCAGAGAACCUCCCAGAGGCCAGCUGCAGAAAUGACGGUGCCGGAGCACCGGCUGCUUCUGAUGCGGCGUCCCCAGGCUCUUUUAAAAGUGAAAGGGGGAACACCUAAGCGAAAGGUGGCUCUGCCUUGCGAAAAACCAAGCAAGGGGCAAAGCGACAGCGAGGGAGGCGAGCGAGCAGCAUGCUGGGGUGCGUGAAGCGUCAGUGGUGGGGUGUGCAGGACUGCUUGUGGGGUCCCUGAGGGCCGGGGAGCCCCACACAGAGCUCUGGCCAUAGCAGGCCACGCCACUGGCUUCCUGAUGUGCCACGCCAUGCUGCCCAUGCUCUUGCAUCUGCUGUUGUGUGUGGACAUGGCAUCCUCAAAACGAAAGCACAGGACGUUCCCUCGGGGGGUAAUUUUGGUCUUUGCAUCUCCACUUGCUUUUGGAAGGCCUGCUUGUUGCAGGUUUUAGAGGUAUAAUCGGGAAUGGAGGCCUCUUAGCACUAUUGCCUAGGGAGGGGGUCCUUUGAAGAUAAUUUGGACCUGGUCAUAACAGUUGUUUUUUGCUUGGUCAUGCAUUUGGGGAGUUAGCAAAGCCUUUAAUUGGACUGCUUAGGGUUAAUGCCUUAUUAAUGCACACACUUCCUUUAAAUAAUUUAUUCACUGUGGUGACUUUGGGGUAAAUACGAUUUUCAGCUACAGUGUUAAUAUUGUUUGUUGCUCAACUCUAUAUUCAAAUAAAACUGUAAAUAUAUACCUUUUCCA